CGGUGGGGGGGGGGGGUUCCCUUCCUUUUGGGCUGCUUGGCUGAGCGCCGCGGGGCUUUGGGGGGGCUGCCCCAGGCUUUUGGGGUGCUUUGCUUGGCGGGGGGUGGGAGCGAGAGCUUUGCUGAUGGAUCCCGCAAGGCGGGUGCGGGUGGUGGGGGGACACACGGCUGUCCCCGCCGGCGUUAACCCCUCCAUGCGCAACGUUCCCCAAAUCAUGGGGAUGGGCGAGCCGAGCAAGCGCCGCUGCUCGUCUUCAGCCCCCAAAUUCGAGGCCGGACGGGGUGCGAGGGGUCGGUGGCUGCGUCCUCGAGGGUCAGGGUGGGGGGGUCAGCUCCCGCCGACGGAUUCGGGGCACCCCGAGCUCAUCCCGGGGCCGCUCGGCUCGUUGGGGCCUCGGCUUUGCCGACACAAAGGAGACUUUGUGCCUUCCUCCUCCUCCGCCGCCGCCGCCGCCAUGGCCGCUGGGGCUGGUGUCGCAUCCAGCCGGGGGGUUCGCAGCCAGCCUGGGGGGGGGGCUUUGCAACCAUCCGAGGGGUUCGCAAGCUUUUGGGUAGAUUUGCAGCCACCCAGUGGGUCUGCAACCUUUUGAGGGGGUCUGCAACUUUCUAGGGGGUUUGCGACCAUUUGGAGGGUCUGCAACCAUUCGGAGGGGUUGCAAUGUUUGGGGGGGGGGGGGGGGGGGGUUGCAGCCAUCCAGGGGGGUUGCAACCUUCUGGGGGGAUUUGCAGCCAUUUGGAAGGUCUGCACCCAUCCAUGGGAUUUGCAGCCAUCCAGGGUGGUUUGCAGCCUUUUAGGGGGUUUGCAAACAUUUGGAGGGCUUGCAGUUUUUUUGGGGGGGGCCUUGCAGCCAUCCAAGGGUGUUGCAACCAUUUAGGGGUGUUUGCAACCAUUUGGAGGAUGCGCAACCAUCAAGAGGCUUUUGGGUGGCUUGCAACCGUUUGGGGGGGGUUGCAACCGAUUAAGGGGUUUGCAGUCUCUUGGAGGGAGUUGCAACCAUUUGGAAGGUUUUUAGCCAUCCAGGGGGUUUGCAGCCUUUCCGGGUAUUUGCAACAUUUUGGGAAGCAGGGAGGGGGUUGCAGCCACCUGGAUAGUUUGCAACCAUGCAGGGGGCUUUGCAACCAUUUGGAGGGUUUGCAGCCUUUUGGGGGGUGUGCAACCAUCCAGGGGCUUUGCAGCCAUUGGGGGUUUGCGACCAUUUUGGGGGUUUUCAGCCAUCCCGGGGGGGGCGGUUUGCAGCCCUCCAGCAGCAUCUGCUCCCUGCAGACCCGAGGCCGAGACACCCGCGUAACCUCGCAAAGGCAGCGGCUGGGAAAUGGCUUCCAACGCCAGGUCCCGGCAUCGCCUCGGCCCCAUCCCACUACGGCGCAUCCCCGAAAAUCCCCAGCGCUUGACCAGCCGAGCUUGGGACCAGAUUUUCCCCAUCUUUCCCGGAGAGGCGGCAUCAGGGCGAGCAUCUCCCUUUGCUUGACAGUUCCCGAAGCAUUUUUGCCGGUCGAUAAUAAUUUAUUCCCAUUUUUUUUCCAUCAUUGUUUCGAGGCUGGAGACCAGGCUGGAGGCGUUCGGCUCUGGCUUAUGGAGGAUUUUGGGGGGGGAAAAUUAAGGAAAAAAAAAAAAAAGGAAGGUGUGAGCUCGCUACUCCUGUUCUGUGUAUGGCACUGGUAGAAUUCACUGUGCAACCCCGCGGUCAGUGAAUUACCAUAGGGCCAUAAACAGAGCAGAGAAAGACCCGCGAGCCCUGCGGGGCCGUCACCGACGUCGCCUGGCCCGUUUUGGCACUAGCACAUUUUUGCUUUUAUUUGUAGCUUUCGAGCAAUUAUGUGUAGUGCCAAUAUGGGAGAAGGUGGAGAGAGCAGCGCCGGGGUGGGGGACGGAUGAGCAUCGGUGCUGGGGAGGUGGUUUCAGCGGGGGGUGGUGGUGCUGGGAGCGAGGGAUGCUGCUGGGGAUAGGAAAGUGGAAACCACCCUGAAAUUGCUGGGGUGAUGGAGGGAUGUCCGUCAGACCCCACCUGGGGGUGCCAUUGGGGGGGUGUCCAUCCCAACGUGGUGUCCCAGCCCGUGGAGGCAUCUCGGCCAGGCCGUGUCCCCGUGGUGGCCAUCAUGAGCAGGAUGGGACAACCCCCCCCCCUUCUUGUCCCCUCCUGGAUCCACGGUGGUGGCAUCUCCCCCCGGUUAAGCCAAGCAUCCUCAUGGGGGGAAUCUGCUGAGGCUGCACGCUGAGUUUUCUGGCUGGAUGGGUGAAAUUUUUUUUUUUUUUUUUUUUUCCUAUUUUUUGCAGCUUUCCAGGCCUGGCACUGCGGCCGUGUGUCGUCCCCCCCCCGACCCCAUCCCCACGCCAGGGCCCGGCUGCGGAGACGGUGCCGGUGGUGCCAGCAGUGCCCGGCCCCGGGGCUGCCUUUGGCAAUGGUAGAACUCACACUGGUGCGGUAGCAGGAUCCGGUGGUUCUAGACUUGCCAACUACAGCCCCGGGGAACCGCCGCGGACAUGGGCCCCUGGCACCCGUGGGUGCAGCCGGCCACCCUGUGCAUCCCCCCCCCCCUCCCAGGGCUCUGCUGCUGGGCUGGGAGGGUGCUCGUGGGGUCCUGCUCCGUCCAGUAUGGAUUUGGGGGGAAUGCGGUGGGUGUCUGUGCACAUGCAGUAUGGGGGGACGGUGAUGGUGAGCCCCCUCACACCCCAAGGAGAGGGUCCGGCGUUCCGGCGUGUCUCCAUGGGGGGGGGACACAGAACAGGGACCUGCUGGAUACUGGUCAUUGGAGCAGCGCAGCCGCGUGUCCCCGCGUGACUCCGGGCGUUAAGGGCUGAUCUGGCCCUGCGACGUGGGCAGGGCAGCUGGGGGGGGGGGAUUAGGUGGCCAAUUCCUACCCCCCGGCCCUGGAUCCUGCCCCUGGCCCUGGAUCUGGCCCUGACACAGCCCCCAGUUUCUGGGAAGUGGGGGGGGGGGGGGGAACUGAGGCACCGGUGAAGCAGCUUGUGGUGGCAGCUGCCUCAUGUCCCCUGCUUGUCCCCGGGUGCGGGAGGGAUGGUGACAGGUUUUAGGAGGGGGACAGGGGAUAGCGUGGGAAGGGGCAGCUCCGGGCUGACAUGUUGGAGGGGGGGGGGGGGGGGGCUGUGCACACCCCCAUCACCCCCCCCAUCAGGCCCAGGGCGGCUGGUCGGGAUAUGUAGGGCAGCGCUGGGUGAUUAUGGGGCUUUCGGCGUAAGCCCGCGGAGAUUGGAUCACGCUGGAUUAGGCUGCACACUCAAAUCAUCCUCCCUGCGCCGGGGGGGGGGAGGAGGGACGGACGGGGGUCCCCAUCACCCCCCUGGGGCUGGUGAAGGGAUAUGGGGGCACAGUCUGUCCGUGUGUCUGUCUGUUCAUUCAUCCAUCUGUCCAGUCAACCCAGCUAGCAAUCCAGCCACCCAUCCUUUGUCUGUUCAGCCAUCCAUCCCUCUGUCUGUCCAGCCAUUGAACCAUCCAUCUGCCCAGCCAGCCGUCCACCCAUCCAUCCAUCGCUCCAUCUACCAGUCCAUCCGUUUGUCCAUCCAUCCGGCCAGCUAUCAUCCAUCCACCCACCAGUCUGUCCGUCCAUCCAUCCGUCCAUUCGUCUGUCCAACCAGCCAUUGAUCCAUCUACCAGUCAGUCUGUCCUUCCAUCCCUCCCUCCCUCCCAACAUGGGAGCAGGGGCGGGGCAUCCUCCCCAAGCCCCACCCCAGUAGCCACACCCACACAAGAAGCUCCACCCCUUCCCAAAAGGCUCCACCCCCAGCAGUCACCCAAAGGGGAGCUGGUGCCCCCAGGACCCCCCCCCCCAGUAACCCGCAUCCCAUUAAGGGUCACCCCAAGACCCCCCCUCUGAUCCUGCCCCUUCCCAGCUGCAGCAGCCAGACUCAUCCUGAGCACCCAGCAGCGCUUUUGGGGUCAAAGCCUGCAAUUUGGGGUCAAAGCCUGCAAUUUGGGGUCCGCCCUGGGCAGAGCAGCGCUAGGACGGAGGAGGGCAGAGGCAGCAAACCCAGCUGGGCCAGACAUGGGAGCCCACGCUCCGGGACCCCCCAAUGCCCAGGAACCCCCCCCCCCCAUAGUGCCCAGGCUGGGGAGGGGAGCAGGAUCCGGCCCCACCAGCCUCUCCCCAGCUGGGAAAUCCGAAGCGAAGCUUGCCGGGGGUGCCGGGGCGAGCGCGAGCCGCCCCAGCGGGAGGCCCCGACCUGCUUAUUAAAGACCGAUUAGCAAAGAUUAAAGCCUCACGGCAGCGUCUGCCAGGCCGAGCUGCCCCCACCCCUGGCCGUGCUGCGGGAUCCGGGGCUCCUUCAUGGCACCCCAGCCUGGCCAGGGAUGUCCUGGGGUCCCCGGACCCCCCCCGGAUCUCCCUCCCAGCAAAUGCAGCAUCUUUCCUGUCUGAGGACAUCCAGCUUGGCCGGGGAUCUGCUCCCAGCUCGGCCGGGGAUACCCACGAGCACCCCAAGCAGCCACAUUUCUCCUUUCCUUCCUUCUGUCCGUCUGUCUGUCCUUCCAGCCUUCCUCCGCUCUUUUUCUUGCUCCAGGUUACAAGAAGCCCGCAGGAUUCACCGCGCCGGAGCCGGGGCCGCAACCAUCCCGCGCCGGCGUUCAAAUAAAGCUGCUGAAACCCA